UAAUAUUUUAUUUAUAUUAUGUUACUGUUGCUUAGGGCGGGUUCAGUGGUUUGUUCAGACUUCCUUAACCAGUGUGUUGUUGCACAGCACACACAGAGCUCAGUUGACUGCCACGGAUGAAGGAUUUGGUUUUUUUUUCCUAAGACAUCCUUUAAAUUUCUUCAACUUUUAUUAAAAAUGAUGUGGUCAUGGAUUUUUAUUGGCUUUACCUUCAUCUCCAAGCUGCAUGGGUAUUCAGAAGGAAACUUCCCAGAGGUGUGUGAGUCAAUGAGACCUCAUCAUGGUCGUGGUGGGGCAGAGAGUCUUCCUCAGACAUCUGAACCCCCCUUCAUGGUUAGUUACCAGCUCAGCAGUAACGUUGGAGACCCAAUCACAGUUUCCCUAAAGAGCAAGAACGGUUUCACAUUUAAGGGAUUCAUGCUGGAAGCUCGUAACCCGAGCUUAAAUGGUGACGGUCCCCCACUUGGGAAAUUUAUCAUGCUUGACUCUAGCCAGUCGAGGCUCCUGAAAUGUGGCAAUUCACAGGACUCAGCUGUGAGUAAUGCACUCAAUCUGCGCAAAACAUUAGUCAAAGUUAACUGGACCGCAGACGGAGAUGAGCAAGACAUUAUAUUCAGAGCUACUUUCAGUGAAUCAUACUCAAAGUACUGGGAACGUGUGAAUGUAGCAGUACUCAGACCCACAAGCACUCCAGAACCAGAGACAACAAUUGCAGCAAUAACAACUGCAGCAGCAACAACAACUGGGGCAGCAACAACAACUGAAGCAACAACUGCAGCAACAACAAUGUCAGCAACAGCAACAACUGCAGCAAUAACAACUGCAGCAGCAACAAUAACUGGAGCAGCAACAACGGCAGCAAUAACAACUGCAGCAGCAACAAUAACUGGAGCAGCAACAACGGCAGCAAUAACAACUGCAGCAGCAACAAUAACUGGAGCAGCAACAACUGGGGCAGCAACAACAACUGCAGCAACAACUACAACCCAAAUACCUACAACAAAAGACGUAAUCACAACAGCACAGAGUAAUAAAAUCCCAGCUACACACAACACAACGAAUAAGACAGUAAAUAUUCUACUGAUUUGCAUGGCAAGUCCUCUAGUGGAGAUGAGCAUGCAAAUACCUACCAUAAUUAUGGCUGUCCAUCUCACAACAUCGUUCUGUCAUAACUUACAUCUCACAACAUCGUUCUGUCAUGACUUAUGUAAGAAGUUCAGGAUUGUGGGAAGUUCGCUUUCUGUUUUGUUUUCCUUGGCAACAUUCAUUUUAUCUUUGAUAUACAACUCCGGAGAUAUUAUUAUUGGCCUUGUGAGUGUUGUGCUGGCGAUUAGUUCCAUAGAGUGGAUCAUUGCAAUGCUGCCUUUAGGACCAAGCCAUGAGCUAAAUGAACUCUUUGACUGUGCUCUUUGGGUGUGUUUUGUCUUCCACCAAGUUUUCAUAAAUGUUUUUCUCUAUGUCAGCAUCAACAUCUUGUUUGAGGAAUGGGGAGAAACUGCAAGAGUGUUUUGGCUUCUGAUUGUUCACACAGCCCUGACAAUAGUUUGGAAUAUUGUGCUCUGCACCAAGAAGAGAACAUUACUGCAGAAAAAAAGAGUUUCUGUCAUCGAUAAGGCCAAAUAUAAUCAGCAUCAUAAAGGAAAGAAGGAGCAUCUCUCACCAAAAGGAGUGGUUGUUGUACUCUGCUCUGUUACCAUGAUGGUUUUGAGCACAGCUCUGCCAGUACUAAUCUUUGUUGACUAUUUUUGAUGCAGAGGAGUUGAUAUACUGUAAAGUACCAUUGAGACUUAUUCACACACCUCGUAAAGAAGUGGAAAGAAAAAACUUCAAAUAAAUCAAAAGUUCUCUUACAGUGACUUUUUUUAUUAUUAUUUCCUUUGCUUUCUUGUUUAGUGUUAGUGGUUGCUGGACAGAUUUGACUGCCUUUACAGUCUUGUUUGGACACUUCAGGUCAUUUAAAACAUGUGAUCACUGCUGCAAGACAGACAAUGUUGAUCUUUUUAUUUCUGAAGAUCAACAUUAUCUGUCUUACUUAAAUGGCAUGCUUGUAUCUUUCCCAUUUUAAAGAGAGACUAUUAGAAUUGAAUUACUGUUUAAUGUUUCCAGACUCUCUGUUCAACUUGUAAAAGCAAAUUAUAAUUGGGAUUUUUUUUUCUCACAAAAAAUCCAUACGUGUAAAAGACUACAAGUUAAAUAUUUAGAUAUGUAAAAGUCAACUUUUACAACUUUUUCCACAUCUUCACUGGGUGUGCAAAUAAAUGUGGGCUAUGAAGAAUAUUGGAAACAAUAUACAAUAUAGCAUUUGUUUAAUCAAAAAUAUGAACAUAUGCUCCCUUUUCCCCUCUUUUAAAGCUGUUCAUAAUUUCAAAGAUUAAUAAAAGUUGUUAUUUAUAUGUUAGAGUCUUAACUGAAAUGCAGAAAGCUCCAUUGUUCAAACUGGAAACUAUUUCCUCAAAGUAGUCUGCAUUUAUUUCUCUGUGAAGGGAGCAUAAGCCACCAUGCCAGCUCUUAUCAUUAGUUCAACAUGUAUCAAUGGUAAAACAUUUACUUUGAUUCCAGGAUAACCUUAUAAAUGUGUAUAUUCUACUAAGCUCAGCUGGUUAUCCAAAGGGAUGUUUUCAAUCACCAGUGGAAUAUUUUAAAGGCUGUGACGAUGCCCAGUUUGAGUAACUGCAUGCAAGAAAUAGCUCACUAAAUCACAUAUAUCUUUACGAUAAUGGAAAAAAGUUGAGACUUUAUUACAGCCAGAAGUAGCAAAGGGUGAGAUUAGAGUAAACUGAAGAGGAUGUCAUAAAACAGCUUUAUUGACUGUUCACUAAAUAGGUCAGCCUGUUGUUGAAACUUUGCACCCUGUAGUGCUUUCUUCAAAGCUUCCAAUAGUCAAAUGUAUGUUCUGUUUCUUAUAUAUUUAAAAAUACAAUAUUCAUGAUUUUGUACUUAUUUUAUAAGAAAGCAGCAUUUAUAUUGAUGAAUGUCCAAUGAUUCACUCAGAUGUUAACAUCAACUAACCGGAGGAGACAUCUUCUAAACUUUCUUCAACUUCCUAAUUUCUCACAAAUCCUGUAGUCUUCACGUAUUGGGGCAGAUGUUGAUUGUGUAGUUCUGCUGUCAUGAAACAUGUCAGUCAAAAGACCCAGUGCUUCUGUCUUGGCAUUUCAGUUAAUAAAAAAGUGUGUGUGUGUCGGCGUGUGUGCGGGCGUGGGCGUGUGUGUGUGUAUGUGUAUGUGCCUGAAAUAUGUUGUAAAUGAUUAAUCUGCUUCUCUGUUAUUAAGCCUUUACUUCCUGGUUUCAUGA